CACCUAUUGUAGGGCUGAGCUGUGGCAUCACUCGCUGAGUGCUGCAUCCCCUCCACCCUAAAUCUGGAUGGGAUAUUGGCAUGAGCUGGCAUGGCACCUACUGGUACCACCAUGGUGCCAGUAGGCAGCACCAGCCAAAAUCCUGCUCACCCUGCGAUGGGAUGGGCACCCACUGCAUGCAGAGGGGAAGCAUUCCUCCUCUGGCACCUCCUCACCCUUGCAGGGUGCCAUUGGCUGGGAAACCAGUGUCUGUGGGGACCAGGGAUGGUGGCAGUGGCUGUGCCAGAGCUCCUGUGGGGGUAGCGCCAAUGUCCCGGUGCUGCUGCAGAGGUGGCACCAAUGUCCCUAGGGUUGCAGGGAAGGGGAGCACCCUGGAGGGGCAAUGGGAUUCUCCUCCAUCCAUGGAAGGACAAGGGGCAGGGGUGUCCCUGGUCAUGGUGAGUAGCCCUGGCACCACGGUGGGUGUUUGUUUUACUUGGCACACCAGGGACCGGUGAGGGCUUUACUUUGUUUCCCUGGUUGCUGCCAGCCUUGGCCUGGCUCCUGUGCUGUCCGUCUGUCUGUUGGGUGCUGUCAGGAGCCUCCUGUGCCUCUCCCAGCCGGGGUGACCCCAUCACCUCCUGUUCUUGCGCUGAACCCAGCACUGACUUUUAAUAGCCAGGGGGGACAUGGCAGUGGCAUGCAGCUUUGCAGCGUCCCUGUUCAUCCCCUCCUUCCUCUCCUAACCCCAAAAACUCCCUUUUAAUGGGAUUACACUUCAGUGGUGCCCAGGGAAGGAUGCGGGCAUGUUGCAGCAGAGCCUGGAUGGUGACCAAGACCUUGUCCCUCACCAUCCCUGCCCUGUCUGCUGCCCUCCAUUGCCCAGCAACUGCAGAGACCCACUUCAGGCUGAGACUUCAAAAGUUCCUUUUUCUUUUCUCCCCCUCCCGUCACAUUUUCUUUUAUCUAAAUCCUCGCCUGCGAAAGCCUCUAUCGACAGCUGCGCUGGCCUUAUCUCGCCGGAGGGACCUUCGCAGGGCUCUCGGAGGAGAUAAGCCCGACUUAUCAGCCACUGAUGUCAGAGGAGGUGCCAAACCCUCCCGUCACUGGGGCUUUAGACAUAGAGGGUGGUGUUUUUUAUUAAAGUCACGAAGACCUUGGGCUUAUAAAUAGUGUGAUGUCGAGAUGGAUUAGCCGGGUGUGGGGUGGGAAGGAGUGGUGGGAGAGGGGAAGAAUGGACUUGUGGCUGCCCCAUCCCUGAAAGUGUUCAAGGCCAGGUUGGACAGGGCUUGGAGCAACCUGGUCGAGUGGAAGGUGUCCCUGCCCAUGGUGGAAUGGGAUGAACUUUAAGGUCCCUCCCAACACAAACCAUUCUGAAGUUCUAGAUGGUGACAGGGUUGUGGGAUAUGGGGUGAGGGCUUCUGGGGGACCCUGCUCCAGGUGUCCACAAGGGACUUUGCUUCUGGUGGGAAUGUCUUGCCAUGUACAGCGGUGCUGGCUGGAUGAUGGUGGAUCCACAGCCUGGGCAGAGGCCAUGCGGAUUCGGGGCGUUCCGGCAAAACUGCUGAGUGUUGCCUUUCCUGCCACGAAAAAGCCAGAGCAGCUUGAACUAAAUCGGAUCCUGCUGAUUGGAAUUAGUUCAAAUGCAGAUGGAGCUAACUAAGCCGGCGCUAAGCGUUGGACAGCCCAGCGCCCAAUUCCCAUCAGCUGAUUCAGGGGCUUUUCUGAGCGGCAUUAACGAAAUGCCACCGUGGCACAGAUGCCCAUUGUGCCGGGCGCCCACCCUCCCGCCCACGGGCACUCUGGGAGCUUGGGGCACCCAGCAGGGUGCCAGGGUGGACAGAUGGGUGGUGUUGUGGCACCAGAGCCCUCAUGGUUCUGAGUGUGCCCGUGAAGUGCAACAUAGCUGUCGGAAUAAUCAUCUCCCCUGUGAGGCGCCGGGAGAUGGGGGCAGAGGCGGGGUCUGAAUUAAUCGGUGGCUUUAUUCAGUUUGGCAGGUGGCUCCUGCAUCUCAGUGAUGCUCCAUGGGCAGGGCUGGGAUGGCUCCAGGAGGGUGCUGGGCUGUGUAUGGCAGUGGUGGUGACAACUUGUGCCAGCGUGGGGGUGUCCCCAGGGACAUUGCUGGGCCACAGAGUCAAGGGUGCCCUCAGCUGCUGUGACAGGUCACCAGCAUCUCCCCGGACCAGGGCUGCGCCUGUGCCGUCCCUGUGCCAGCACAUGGUUUUGGUGACCCCCUGGGUGCUUUCCUCUUGCCUUUCCUGUGCUGUCACAUGGAUUCAGUGAUCCCCUGGGUGCUUUCUCCUUGUUCUCAGCUGUUUGCCCCAGAGACCAUCAGGGACCUGAUCCUCAUCCAGCAAUGGCACGAGCCGCCCACGGUGCCCGUGUCUGCCAGGGACACGGGUCAAUGUCCCCGUGAGGAGCUGCCUCUCCGCAGGGAGGAGGUGACGUCCAUUGCUAAUCGGCCAGAUGGUGACACCCAGCGGGACGCCAGCCCUGAGGUCACCGCAGAGCUGGGGCUCAGGGUGCGGGGCGGCAGCGCCCGCCAGGAAACCCAGACCAUGCUGGCCUGCCUGCAGAGGACCCAGAACCCCCCAGCCCAACACCUCCCCUGCCCCAACAAGGCGCUGGAGCCGCGCAAGUGUGAGACGGUGGCACCGAUGCAUUCCCCGCGCUACCCCAGCCCCGCCGAGCUGGACGCCUACGCACAGAAGGUGGCCAACAGCCCACUGACCAUCAAGAUCUUCCCCACCAACAUCAGGGUCCCCCAGCACAAGCACCUUAACCGGACGGUCAAUGGCUAUGACACCACAGGGCAGCGGUACAGCCCCUACCCCCUGCACGCCGGCGGCUACCAGGGUCUGCUGGCCAUUGUCAAAGCCUCCAGCAAAAGCGUGGUGAAGAACUCGGAGGGGAAGCGGACUAAGCUCUCGCCCGCCCAGGUGGGCGUCGCUCCCUACCCCGCCUCAAGCACUUUAGCUCCAGGUCCCUCCUGCGCCGGGCAGCUGAGCUACCACAGCAGCCAGAAGCAGCUGGAGGGUCCUGUGCCCAAUGUGACGGUGGCGGCCUCGGUGCUGCCGCUGGCGGGCAGGAGCCUGGCCCUGCCACCCUCCAACCUGCCCUCCAUCCAGAGCAUCAUCUACCAGAUCAAUCAGCAGUGCCAGGCGCAGGGUGCCCAGCCGGGCUGCCCGGCCGUCGUGGCCGCCCACCCCAGCCCAGCCAAGCACGGCGCCUUCGGCACCGCCUACGCCGGCACCGUCCUGCCCGAGUGCCGCAAGGGCGCCGACCUGGCACUGGGCUCCAACCCGGCCACUGCCCUGGGACCCAAGGCAGGCAUCUACCCCGAGGGCAUGGACUACCUGGUCUGGCAGCAGAAGCAGCAGCAGCAGCACCUGCGAAUGUACAGCGGGGGCAGCGGUGGUGGGGGGGCUCUCAGCAAGUCCCCCGAGACGUGCGCGGGCGCCUCGCGCCCCUACGGCCUGGGCGGUGUGGCUGAGAAGGUGAGCUCGUCCCCCUUGAACUGCAUGCACGGCAACUUCUCAGUGGGGCAGUACUUCGCUCCCCCUUGGAACAGCAUCCUGGUGACCCCCAACAGUGACUGUUACAACCCGCCGGAGUUGGGGGCCGGGCCCCGCGAGCUGGGGGUGCCCCCGGCUGAGGGGCUACCCAGCAAGACGCUCUGCAAUACCUCCAUCCUCAGCAGCAGCCUCCAGUCCCUGGAGUAUCUCAUCAACGACAUCCACCCGCCCUGCAUCAAGGAACAGAUGCUGGGCAAGGGCUACGAGACCGUGUCUGUGCCAAGGCUCUUGGACCACCAGCACGCCCACAUCCGCCUGCCCGUCUACAGAUAAGGGACCGAUGCUGCUCUUCCCAAACCCAGGGCGAGGACUUUGGCACGAGCCGCGCUCCCCUCCGGCACUGUGCCGGUACUGGACCGCGGAAGCGAGGGCGGGGGGACAGGGAGGGGGACACGAGGUCGGCUGCCUAAAGGGCUCCUGGGACACUGGCAUUUCACCGGGGUCCCCAAACUGGAUACACCCGCGACCUGCUGGAAGCCGAGGCUGAAGGACUGCUUGUCUAUAUAGCUCAGAAAUCAUUUUAUCUCCACGAAUGUGAACAGGGAAUUGCUACGAGUUGCUGCUAUCCAGGGAGGGGAGGCUCUGCCACGCACUGGCAGCGCCGGGUCCGUGCGGGACAGAGCCCUGUGCUGUGGCUGGCCAGGAGGCUCCAUGGUGGGUUCUGGCCCAGCUGUGGCCAGGAGGCUCCAUGGUAGCCAGUCCUAGUCCAGUGGUGGCCAGGAGGCUCUGUGGUAGCCAGUCCUAGCCCAGUGGUGGCCAGGAGGCUCUGUGGUAGCCAGUCCUAGCCCAGUGGUGGCCAGGAGGCUCCAUGGUGGCUGGUCCCAGCCCAGCCAUGGCCAGGAAGUUCCACAGUGGCCAGUGCCAGCCCAGUGGUGGCCGGGAGGCUCCAUGGUGGCCAGUCCCAGCCUGGUGGUGGCCGGUCCCAGCCCAGUGGUGGCCAGGAGGCUCCAUGGUGAGCAGUCCCAGCCCAGUGGUGGCCGGUCCCAGCCCGGUGUGUGGCCGGCGUGUGGCCGCAGGGAGCUGCCACCUGACCUGUAGCUGAAGUCCGUAACUUGCACUGCUUUGAUUAAAGCUAAUAACUGGGGACAGUCUGGAGGCUAUUUAAGAAAAACACUUGAAAACUUGAACAGAUUUUUUUUGUUGUUUUUUUUGUUUUGUUUUGUUUUUUUUUAAUUUUUUUUUUUAGUUGACUAGGCUGUACAUCUACGUGUUGGCUGCUACAGAGUCUCCUCCCACCCCUCUUCCUCCUCAUCCUCCUCCUCUCACCUGGCCCGGCAGUGGCCACUGGCUCCUAUUCCCACUCAACCAGGAGGUUCAGGACCCCCUCUCCCCCUGGAACCCCCCGGCACUCACACUUCCAGGCUGUUUUAUUUCUCCCCCUUACUGUCAGUUCUACCUUGGUUCUGGGUUAGAGGUGACCAUGGUACCAGGGCACUCACAUACCUCCUUUUUUUCUCUUUUUUUUUUUUAAAAAAACCCCAAACAAUUCCAAAAUGCUCAUUAUGGUCCGUUAUUCACUCUGUGUAAUUCUGUGUUUAAUAGAUUUGUUCAUUUAAAAAAGGCUCCUCACCACUAAAUACAAAGUGUUUUGAUGUUUAAAGGUAAAAGAAGAAUAAUAUCCCGAUGAAACCCAAGGUGAUUGUGCUCGGAAAAGAGGUACUGUAUCCCUGAAAGCCUGUUCAAGCACUAAGUGCAUUUACAAAUCUCUGAGAAUGUUUUUUUUUUAUACUAAAAUUGACCAUUAUAUUCUACUGUGAGAAGUGCUGGCUGCACUAUAUUGUUUUAAAAAUGAGAAAACAAAUGGAAAAAAAAAAAAAAGGUAAAAAAGAAAAAAAAAAAAAACCAACACAAAACCCGCAAGCCGUGUGUCCGGAUGGUGUUUUUCCCAAAGUAAAACCAGGAUCUCGCUGGA